GACGGGCAGGGAUGAUCUCGGGGAGGUCGACACUUUCAGAAAGAAGAGGGGCGCAGUCAAAAGACCCUGUAAUGGAAAACAAUCCCAGCCAGAUGGAGACAGGCAGAGGACUGCUUGAAUAAGGGUCUCCUGAAAGCCACAACUGUCUCUGCAUUGAAGAAAGCACAAGCAGGCAGCAGGAAAAGCGAAUGAAAAGCUGGACUGCGAGUUGGCCAUGCUCUCGGCAUGUUGAUCUGCUAAUUAAUAGAAGGGCUGCAGGUUCAACACGGACGCCUGUAGUCAUGAAAGGUGAGCUGCUCCUGCUCUCGAGUGUGGUUUUCCUGCUCCCGGUGGCUUGCGGCUGCCCUGAGGAGUGCCGCUGUCAAGCGUCCUUGAAUUCUGUAGACUGCAGCCGCCAGGGUCUGGCUGAAAUCCCUCCCGAUUUGCCUCCUCAGACUCUCACGCUGCAUUUACAAGAUAACCAGAUACACCAGCUUUCUGCUUCUGCAUUUAGGUCAGUGCCACAGCUCACGACCUUGAACUUGGGCAACAAUUCGCUUUCCAUUCUGGCCCCAGGAGCUUUCCAUGGACUUCGGCACUUGCGGGUCUUAAACCUGACCCAGAACUCCCUACAUUCCUUGGAAAGCGGACUUUUCCAUUCCCUCCCUCAGCUGAGGGAGCUUGAUGUGUCAUCCAACAACAUCAGCCACCUUCCAACCUCCUUGGGUGAGCGCUGGGAGAACCUAACCCUGUUUGCGGUCCAACGAAACCAGCUUCAGCAGCUGGAUCGGGUGCUCCUAGAAUCCAUGUCCAGCGUGAAGCUUCUCUUUCUCAAGGACAACCUCUGGAAAUGCAAUUGCUACUUGCUGGGUCUCAAACUCUGGCUGGAGAAAUUUAUCUAUAAAGGGGGAGUCAUGGACAGUGUCAUCUGUGCGUCACCAGACACCUGGAAGGGAAAGGACCUCCUUAAAAUCCCUCACGAGCUGUACCAGCCCUGCCUUUCACCCUCUCCAGAUCUGGAGUCCUGGCAAGGGCAGCUGCUCGGUCCUGCUCAGCAGGCUGUCCUGAGGCCUCCUAAGAGCCACAGUGUGGAGGAGCAAGACCAGUCAGAGUGUGAGCUCAAACCCAAGCCCAGGCCCGCCAAUCUGCGUCGCGCCUUGGUCACGGUCAUCAUCGCCGGGGUUUUGUGCGGGAUCCUGUGUCUCAUGAUGCUGGUGGCCACCAUCUAUGGCUGCACCUAUGCAGCUAUUGCAGCCCAUUACCGGGAGGCACCCUUGGCUCAAACCAUCGAGCCUGCGAAGACAGAAGGAAAAGAGCUGCUUGACAGCCCGCCAGCUUGAGCGCUUUCGUCUCAAAUAGGAAUAAUCACUUUAGGCCAGAAGAUAGUCUCUGAGGAGGGCUGAUAUGUCCACCGUUCCUGCCUCAUUUUGCUUUUUCCAAAAGAAAACAAAAAGGAUGUGUCUUUAAAAAAUAUUUCGGAGAAGAAAUUUAU